AUGUUCGCGCGCCAACCUCUCCGCUUUGCUCAGCCCUUGAAGCAGGGCUUCCGCAAGUAUUCCACGGAGGCUCCCGCCAAGGGCAAGUCAUCUCUCGCUCCGAUCUACAUCUCGGUCGGUCUUGCUGGUCUCGGUGUGGGAUUGUAUCGCUACAGCACAGCCAGCGCUGAGACGCCCGUUGUCGAUCGCCCCAAGGUUUUCACCGGCGGAGAGCAGGGAUGGGUUGACCUCAAGCUGUCCGAGAUCGAGAACCUGAGCCACAACACCAAGAGACUGCGCUUCGAGUUCGCCGAUAAGGAGGCUGUCUCCGGUCUGCAGGUUGCCUCUGCCCUGUUGACCAAGUUCAAGCCCGCUGAGGGCAAGCCUGUCAUCCGUCCUUAUACCCCCGUGAGCGAUGAAGAUCAACCCGGCUACCUUGACCUCGUCGUCAAGGUCUACCCCAAUGGACCCAUGUCCGAGCACCUCCACAGCAUGAACGUCGAUCAGCGACUCGAGUUCAAGGGCCCCAUCCCCAAGUACCCCUGGGAGACCAACAAGCACAAGCACAUCUGCCUGAUUGCCGGUGGUACUGGUAUCACCCCUAUGUACCAGCUGGCCCGCCAGAUCUUCAAGAACCCCGAGGACCAGACCAAGGUCACGCUGGUGUUCGGCAACGUCAGCGAGGAGGAUAUUCUGCUGAAGAAGGAGCUGCAGGAGCUGGAGAACACCCACCCCCGCCGCUUCAAGGCAUUCUACGUUCUGGACAACCCUCCCAAGGAGUGGACCGGCGGCAAGGGCUAUGUCACCAAGGAGCUCCUGAAGACCGUUCUGCCCGAGCCCAAGGAGGAGGACAUCAAGAUCUUCGUCUGUGGGCCUCCCGGCAUGUACAAGGCCAUCAGUGGCCCCAAGGUCAGCCCCAAGGACCAGGGUGAGUUGACGGGUCUCCUUGCGGAGCUCGGAUACAACAAGGACCAGGUGUACAAGUUUUAG